AUGGAGGAACCGAAAAACAACUUAGAAUUCGCAAAUAGGUGUAUUUUCUGUAUACUACAAAAGAAAAGAUGCCACGGGUGUCCUCCUUGCAUCAGUAAGAAAGAAAGAUGUACACAUAUUACGCCAAAAGCUUAUAUAUGCGAAAAAUGCAAGAAGAGCAAAAACUUCUGUUUGUUUCAAUGUACAAAGUGUUACAAAAGUAACAAAAGCGUGGAAAAAGGUCAACCUCUUCCCUGGUGUAAUGACUGCAAAAUCGCUACAGAAGAUCCUCCCGUUAGAUUGGAAACCAUUGAAAAGGAUGGAAAAGUUUAUCUUCGGCCUAUUGAUCAUAAUAAUAAUGAAUAUGAAGUAGAUGAUGAAAUCUUUGAAAAAAUCUUGGAAUUGAAAAAAAAAAAUGGAUAUGAUCUUGUGAGACACUUUCCUGAAUAUUCCAUCACAGAAAACAAUUUCCCUCAUAUCUCCGGUGCCCUCGCCAAUUCCAUUGUCUCCAAUGAACCUCUUAGAAGACACUUUAGUGAAUAUGCUGUCACAGAAAACGGUUUCUCCCAUGUUUCCAAUGUUUCCAAUGCUCCCGCCAAUUAUAUUACCCACGAACUCUUUAACAUGAAUCACAUUGCACCCUAG